GUGUGAACGGACUGCGACAGUGCAGAGGAGUUCGGGAGGAAUGGCGGGACUUGACCUUUGACUUCGGCCACAGGAUCGACUCUUCUGGAGGGCGGCCAUGGCGACCAUCGGGCAGAUCAUCUUCUGCAGCAUGAUUACUCUCAUCGUCUUAUUCGGGACAGUCAUCAUUCUCAUCUUGGCCUUGUCCCUCUCAGGACAGUUGUCCGACGUGACGAGCAGCAACAUGGCGCCCGUCGCCAACCUCGGCGACGACGCGCUCCUCAGCUGCUACGUGGACGCGAGCAGCCCCCCGGCCAAGUUCAGAGAUGUGUCAGUGACCUGGGAGAAGGCGGGGCUAACGGGGCCCGUCUACCGGUACCGGGACGGAGCCCCGUCUCUCGCCGACCAGGACCCGCAGUUCAUCGGCAGGGCCCAGCUCUUCCCCGGCGCCCUGGCGACGGGGAACGCCUCGCUGCUGCUGAGGGCCGUGAGGCGGAGCGACGGGGGGGAGUACACCUGCAGGAUCAGCUCCUCCGGGGGCGGGGGGACCCUCGCGAUCAAGCUGAAGACCGCAGCCUUUUCGGCGCCCGCCUUUAAAAUCGCCGCCGGCGUCCUGGCUGCUGAGGCGCCGAGGUGGUUCCCCAAACCCAACGUGACCUGGCAGGACGCUGGCGGCGGCGUGCUGAGCGGGAACACCACGUUGGACGACCUUGGGUUGGGGGUGUUCCGCGUCGUCAGCACGCUGGCUGUCAACGCCAGCGACACCUACAGCUGCAGGAUUGAGAACGAGCUGGUGACCUCCGUCUCUGAAGCCACCGUCGCAGGUCCAGAUGUCUCAGAGAGGACAUACUUCACCUUCAGCGCAGCGUCCUCCCUGCUGGCAGCAGCACGCCUGAGCCUCACGACCAGCGUCCUCUGCAUCUACCACCUCACCCGAUAACACACACACACACACACACACACACACACUCCACUUCACUACAGAGGGUGUAACAGAUUCUUUUCUUACAUUUUCUUCGAUAUGUGCAUCGUUUCUACAUCUGUUUUGUUAUGUUCAUUUUAUUUCUACUCUCUACUGUAAAAAGGAUGAAUUGCAGUCUACGUGGGAGAAUAUGACAAAUACAGUAAUAUGAGAAAUAAUUAAAACAGUGUGUUAAAUUAAAGCGUGUACAAUGAUCCUAUGAUAUACACUACUGUUUAUGUAUUGUUGAGCAAAUUAAUAAAUCAGUGGUUAUGAACUCGAUGGAUUUGUCACAAAGUGUGUGAUGUUAAA